CGCCGCCGCCGCCGCCGCUACCGAGGCCGAGCGGAGCCGUUAGUCCCGCGCCGCCGCCGCCGCCGCCGCCGCCGCCCGCCCCGGAGCAGCCCCGGGCCUGCCCGCGCGCGUCCAGAUUUCGGAAGAAUACAAUGUCUAAUGGUUAUGAGGACCACAUGGCCGAAGACUGCAGGGAUGACAUCGGGAGAACGAAUCUGAUCGUCAACUACCUCCCUCAGAACAUGACGCAGGACGAGCUGCGGAGUCUCUUCAGCAGCAUCGGGGAAGUGGAGUCCGCCAAGCUGAUUCGGGACAAAGUCGCAGGACACAGCUUGGGCUAUGGCUUUGUCAACUACGUGACCGCGAAGGACGCGGAGAGGGCCAUCAACACGCUCAACGGCCUGCGGCUCCAGUCCAAGACCAUCAAGGUGUCCUACGCGCGCCCCAGCUCAGAGGUCAUCAAAGACGCCAAUUUGUACAUCAGCGGCCUCCCGCGGACCAUGACCCAGAAGGACGUCGAGGACAUGUUCUCGCGCUUCGGCCGCAUCAUCAACUCACGGGUGCUGGUGGACCAGACCACAGGUUUGUCCAGAGGGGUUGCGUUUAUCCGGUUUGACAAACGGUCGGAAGCAGAAGAGGCAAUUACCAGUUUCAAUGGUCAUAAACCCCCAGGUUCCUCCGAGCCCAUCACAGUGAAGUUCGCCGCCAACCCCAACCAGAACAAGAACGUGGCGCUGCUCUCCCAGCUGUACCACUCGCCCGCUAGGAGGUUCGGAGGCCCCGUCCACCACCAGGCACAGAGAUUCAGGUUCUCCCCCAUGGGCGUGGACCACAUGAGCGGACUCUCCGGGGUCAACGUCCCGGGCAACGCCUCCUCGGGCUGGUGCAUCUUCAUCUACAACCUGGGCCAGGACGCCGACGAGGGCAUCCUCUGGCAGAUGUUCGGCCCCUUCGGCGCAGUGACCAACGUGAAGGUCAUCCGCGACUUCAACACCAACAAGUGCAAAGGGUUCGGCUUUGUGACCAUGACAAACUAUGAAGAAGCGGCCAUGGCCAUAGCGAGCCUGAACGGGUACCGCCUGGGGGACAAGAUCUUGCAGGUCUCCUUCAAGACCAACAAGUCCCACAAAUAACGCGCUCACGCUUUUUGUUUUUGUUUUUGUUUUCGUUCUGUUCGUUUGUUCGUUCGUUCGUUCGUUUUUUUUUUUUUUUUGUACGGAAUAGAUAAUUAAGAGUGAAGAAGUCGAAAACUUUUUUUCGUUAGUGUACAACUCAUUUUGCGCCAAUUUUCAUUUUCACCAAGUGUUUUGUCUUAGUCGAAAAUGAGACGUGAAAAGAAAAAAAAAAAAGGUUUUUAUACUCUGGGAUGCACCGACAUGUUCAAAUGUUUGAAACCCCCCUCCCCCCUCCCUCCCGGCCCCCCCCC